AUGUCCAAGCGCAUGCCCACACUGGACAGGAAAGAUGACAACGUAUUUGUCGCGACAUACAAGACCGACAGACAGGAAAGGUGGGGCCAGCAAAGGCUUGCUCUUUCGUCAUGUCUGCAUGCGAUUAUGGCCCGAAAGGGAACAAGUACGCUCUCAGCCGACUCAACCGAAUGCGCCUCUUUUUCCUCUUUGCCCCCCUCCCAUUCUCCCCUCCUCAUUCGCCCAUUCCACCCACUCGCUAUCACGUAA